AUGGCAACAAACGCUUGCAAAUUCCUUUGCCUAGUUCUCUUAUUUGCCUUUGUCACCCAAGGGUAUGGGGAUGAUUCUUAUUCUCUCGAGAGCUUAUCUGUGAUACAAUCGAAGACCGGGAACAUGGUUGAGAACAAACCGGAGUGGGAAGUGAAAGUGCUGAAUUCUAGUCCCUGCUAUUUCACUCACACAACGUUGUCAUGUGUCCGUUUCAAAUCGGUCACACCCAUCGACAGUAAGGUUCUAUCUAAAUCCGGUGACACGUGUCUCCUCGGCAACGGCGACUCUAUCCAUGAUAUCAGUUUCAAAUACGUAUGGGACACAAGCUUCGACCUCAAGGUUGUCGACGGCUACAUCGCUUGCUCUUAA